UCCACUUUCCCUUUACCUUAUGGUCUUCCGCGGUCCAGCGACGGAUGGGAAUUCCAGGAGAGUCAGUUGAUGACAGCUGGCAAUUGUUCGUAUUUCCUCAUUGGUGCUGCAACCUCCCUGUUCUCCUUUUGUGUUGAUCAACAUCAACCCCUCUUUAUUACCUUCACUCACCCGUGUGUCCAACAGCAUCAUAGCCUUAUUCUGUUAAGUGAUCUAUUCAGUCUUUUAUCCGCUACUUUCGUUUAUUGUGUCUCUUACCGAAACUAUGGAAGAUCCUUGUAUUACUCUGUGCAUUAUCCUAUGUUCUAACAGGUUUCGGUUAGCCUCUUGGUAGGCUGAGUGGCAGGCUGAGUGGUGUGCUGGUUGGCCUCCUGCAUAACCUACCUACAAAGUCACCGUUUGCCUUUACCUGUGUACCAGUUUAAAUACUAGGUCUGAUGUUAAUUUUCAUGAGGGAAGACAGUCAC